UGCAGAGCUAAGGGAGAACAGUCGUGCUGUGGGUAGAGUGUGUUAACUGAAAGCAUGUUGGCUACCAAGCUGUCCCGGCCUCUCCUGAACUUCUCGGUGAAAGCCCUGAAUUUCAAGGACACGAGGAAUGGCUUCAGGCCUGUGCAAAGAUUUUGCUUCCCUCUCUCGUCCCCACAUGGCAGCCGCUCUUAUGCAAGUGAAGUUGAUCAGAUUGGCAGCAGAGCUGUGCUUAUAACAGGUUGCGACUCAGGGUUUGGGUUUACCUUGGCCAAGCACCUGCAUACCAAAGGCUUCAUUGUUUACGCUGGCUGCCUGCAAAAGGACAAGGGAGAUGGUGGCUCCAAGGAUCUGGACAACAUGAACAGCGAUCGAAUGCGAACCGUCCAGCUCAAUGUCUGUGACAGCAAGGAAGUGGACCGAGCAGUGGAGCACGUGAAUAACAGCCUGGAGGACCCAGAGAAAGGGCUCUGGGGGUUGGUUAACAAUGCUGGGAUCUCCACAUUUGGGGAAGUGGAGUUCACAAGCAUGGACACCUACAUGGAAGUAGCUGAAGUGAACCUGUGGGGGACUGUGCGAACCACCAAGGCUUUCCUCCCGCUCAUCCGGAGGUCAAAGGGUCGCGUGGUGAACAUCAGUAGCAUGAUGGGUCGGAUGGGCAGUCCUGCCCGGUCACCGUACUGCAUCACCAAGUUUGGCGUGGAAGCCUUCUCCGACUGCCUGCGGUACGAAAUGCAGCCCCAGGGAGUGACGGUCAGCAUCGUGGAGCCUGGCAACUUCAUAGCUGCCACCAACCUGUACAGCCCUGAGCGAAUCAAAGCCAUAGCCGACAAGAUGUGGGAAGAGCUCCCUGAGAUAGUGCGCAACGACUAUGGCAGGGAGUACUUCGACGAGCAGGUCAGCAAGAUGAAGACGUACUGCAACAGCGGCUCGACAGACUCCUCGCCGGUCAUCGAAAGCGUCGCCCACGCGCUCACCGCCACGGCCCCCUACACCCGCUACCACCCCAUGGAUUACUACUGGUGGCUGCGCAUGCAGAUCAUGACGCACAUGCCUGCUGCCAUUUCGGAUCGGCUCUAUGUCUACUGAGGCCUCGCGCUCCUAGGCUACCCAGGUGGGAAAUUGGUUCUAAACAGAGCAUUGUACACACUUUCCAUUAGUCCUUUUUAAAUUUUUCUAACCUCAUUUCAGAGUACUGUAUUUUAGCUCUAGAGGGUUCAUUUAAACAUCU